AUGAGGAGCAGUUGUAUCGCGAUAUUGGUGCGAUAGUGGCUCCUCCACGCCCCCCAACCCGGGCCCGCGAUAGCCGCCGACAUGCUGAUAGAAAAUGUGGAUGCUUUCAGGACGUGGUUGGCCAAGUUACUGGAGCCCAUAUGUGAUGCAGACCCUAAUGCACUAGCGAACUAUGUUAUUGCUCUGGUCAAAAAAGAUAAAUCUGAGAAGGAGCUAAAAGCAGGCUGUGCUGACCAGCUGGAUGUUUUCCUGCAAAAAGAAACAAAUGAUUUUGUGAAUAAAAUGUUUGACAGCCUGAAUACCAAGGUUUAUCUUCCUCCUGAAGAAACAAUAAAUGCAGAUAUAAAACAAGAAACAGAAGAAAUUAAAGAGGAAGUUCCAGAAAAGCGUCCAUUGCCAAUUCCUGUAACGGAAACCUAUGAGGGAGAAAGGGACAUCAGAAAAAAGAAGCACCCAAGUCCUCCAAGAAAUCGUUCUGAUUCAAGUGAAAGAAGAACACGGGAAAAGAAAAGAGAAGAUGGUAAAUGGAGGGACUAUGAUCGACACAGAGAUAAAUAUGACUGGCGGAGAGGCCGAAGUAAAAGUCCAGUGAAAUCCAAGUCUACAAAUCGGAGCCGGAGCCGCAGCAGAGGAAGGAGCAGGGAACGUGAAUCCACCCGUAACCGGGGAAAUGCCAAAGGAAAUUCUCUACAGCAGCCCACUUCUAUCUCCCAGCACCGUGAUUGGCAGAAGUUUGAACCUGAACGAGCGGAGCUAGAGGCUGCAUAUACCCCAUCCUCGCAGUCAAACAGCAUCAGCAGUAUCUCCGUGGAGCAACAGUAUUCCUCUGGUGGGCAGGCUAUCCCCAGCACUGUAACAGUCAUUGCACCUGCUCACCACCCUGAGAGCACCACAGAGAUCUGGUCUCAUUACUAUAACAACCAUAACCCUCCUAACUCCUUCAUCAGAAACCCACCCCCUAAACGACGCUGCCGGGAUUACGACGAAAGAGGAUUUUGUGUCCUUGGGGAUCUGUGCCAGUUUGACCAUGGCAAUGACCCUUUGGUCGUUGAUGACGUGUCUUUGCCCAGUAUGAUCCCUUUCCCUCCACCGCCUGGACUCCCACCACCCGGAAUCUUGCUCCCCCCUAUCCCUGGCCCUGCUCAUAACAUGAGAAUGCCAGUCCUAAGGCCACACAGCCAGCCUCCUCCUUCAGUUGUUCUGCCUGCACCAAGUCUACCAUUACCACAUUCAGGUCUUCUAAACAACCGGGAUCGACCCGCAACAAGUAGCAUACCCAGCCUUGCACCAAUAGUAGGAGGUCUGCCUCCGCCAAUCCCUCCUCCGAAUCUACUGUACUCUGUAUCAGAACACACAUAUGAGCCCGAUGGCUACAAUCCUGAAGCUCCUAGUCUUACAAACACUAGUAGACCUGGGUACAGGACAUUCAUACAGAGACAGCCCACACAAAGGUCGAAUUUAAUUGGUUUAACCUCUUGUGACAUGGAUACGGCACCAAGAGGUGCUAAUAUUGUGAUCCAGACGGAACCUCCUCCUUCAAAUACAGGUCCUGUAAAUAACAACAGAGUAGUUGUAGAACCUGAUCGAAAACGAACUUUAAGCAACAUGGACGGCCCCUUCGCAAAGAAACCAUGGAUGGACAAGCAAGGAAACAACAACCAUAAUAAAACCGGAUUUGUGAAAAAGAUCCAGUACACUAAUACAAAACUUGAAGUCCGGAAAAUUCCUCAGGACCUGAAUAAUAUAACCAAACUGAAUGAGCACUUUAGCAAAUUUGGUACUAUAGUUAAUAUUCAGGUUGCAUUUCAAGGAGAUCCAGAAGGAGCUCUGAUCCAGUACUUGGCCAAUGAUGAAGCCAGGAGGGCUAUAUCUAGCACAGAGGCCGUCCUAAACAACAGGUUUAUCCGGGUUCUCUGGCACAGAGAGAACAAUGAGCAGCAACAUUUUCAGCCACAGCAACAUUCCACACACCAUCUAACCCCACACACUGCAUCAACAACCCAGGCACCUAUUGCACCUGCUGGACAAGGACACCUGCAAAAGGUGAUGCCAAAAGCAAUUAACCAGGGUUCCUACGUUCUCAACAAAUUACCUGCAAAACAGCCAAACUCAGGGGAGGAAAAUCAGAUUUCACCACCUUCCACCAGUCUUUCAAAAAUGGUUUACAGUUCUGCAGGCUUAAAGACUUCAAAUAAGCCUGCAGUAGGGUCGAAAACUGUGGAUGCUCAGGAUGCUCUUAAGAAGAAGCAGGAUGCACUGAAAUUGCAGCAAGACAUGAGGAAAAAAAAGCAGGAAAUGUUAGAAAAGCAAAUCGAAUGUCAAAAGAUGUUAAUUUCUCGCCUUGAAAAAAACAAGUCAAUGAAAGCAGAGGAGAGGACCGAGAUCAUGAAAACACUGAAGGGACUUGAUGAAAAAAAAAUAGCCCAAGUUAAAGAUGAAUUGAAAACACUUUCUGGUCCAUCAAAAGUGAAGUCCAAGAUAGAGGCACAGAAGGAGUUAUUAGAUGCAGAAAUGGACUUCCACAAGCGAUUGUCCUCAGGGGAAGAUACAACAGAGUUAAGGAAAAGGCUCAGUCAGUUACAAGUGGAGGCUUCUCGUCUAGGAAUCCUUCCUCCCAGCAGAGGGAAGACAUUACCUGGCCAAAGUAGAGGCAGAGGAAGGGGGCAUGGAACAAGGGGAAGAGGUUCCUUAAAUCAUAUGGUGGUGGAUCAUCGACCAAAGACCAUUUCUGUUGUUGGAUUCUAUGAUAACGAGAAGGAGGAGUUACUCCAUCAUUUUGCUAGAUUUGGGGAUGUCGAAGAUUUAAAAGAAGAAGAAUUUCCACCAAAUGUUAUUUUAACGUUCAAGACAAGGCAAGAGGCUGAACAUGCUGCUAACCAAGGCUCAAAGUUUAAAGGUCGAAAGUUACAAGUAUCUUGGCAUAAACCGAAAACUCCCUCCAUUUCAGCCGAGACUGAAGAGGAAGAGACCAAGGAGGAGGAAGCUGAGACGCCAGACCCAUUUCUUCAUGAUGAUGAAGAAGAUGAAGACGAAGAUGAAGAUGAAUCCCGUUCAUGGAGGAGAUGAAAGUUCUGAUAUGACUGUACAUAUAUAUAUAUAUAUAGGAAUUACAUUUUAGAGUAUUUACUUUUUACCGCAAUGAGCAAAGAAAAAGGAAAAAUAAGCAAGGGGAGGUCCAAAUGAGCCAGAUUUCUUUCCUUAUUUUGCUUUUGUUUGGCCCCGCCAUAGCACAAGAAGAAAAUACAUGAAACUGUUUAAACCAUAUUGUUUGGAUUGUGAUAAUUUUCUAUGAAUGCCAAAGGCAAGAGACUUUCCUUUUUUUUAACAUGGUGAAGAAUGUAGACUAAGACUAUUUUUUGAAGGUAUUUAAAAUGCAUAGGGUUAUUUCUUUAAAUAAAAAAAACAAAAACAAAUGAUGCUAUGCUCCACCUUCGCUAACAGACACCCAGUAGCUAAAGUGUUUGAAACAAGCACCCUUUAGCCACUGGGGUGCUCUCCCAUACUUAUUUGAUGUACCAGUAUUUCUUAAUUAUUUUUGAGUUCCUAGAUUGUUUUAUGUAGUGGUUUUGUUUUGUUUUUUUGGAGUUUCCCAUAAAAAUUCUUAAGUGAGCCCCUGUUGGAAAUAUUUUGAGGUUUCAGUUGAACUGCUGAAGAAGCAAUAGUGAUAAGAAGUGGCGGAGGUUUAAAGUUUUAUAUUUUAAAUUUAUCCUUCCCUCGGCAGCUAAA